GAACUUGUCUCCUACCGAAACAGAUGGUGACAUGCUUGGUUAUGAUUUAUAUAGCAGUGCCCUGGCAGAUAUUCUCAGUGAACCUACCAUGCAGCCGCCCAUUUGCGUGGGGUUGUAUGCACAGUGGGGAAGUGGGAAAUCUUUCUUACUCAAAAACUGGAAGUUUUCUUGGCUUAUCGUGUUUCUUACCCUGCUACUUUGUGGAGGGCUUGGCUUAUUGUUCGCUUUUACGGUUGACCCAAAUCUUGGCAUAGCAAUUUCAUUGAGCUUCCUGACGCUCUUAUAUAUAUUCUUCAUUGUCAUUUACUUUGGUGGACGAAGGGAAGGAGAGAGUUGGAAUUGGGCCUGGGCCAUCAGUACCAGAUUGGCAAGGCAUAUUGGCUAUUUGGAACUUCUCUUCAGACUCAUGUUUGUGAACCCACCUGAACUGCCAGAGCAAACUACAAAAGCUUUGCCUGUGAGAUUUUUGUUUACAGAUUACAAUAGGCUGUCCAGCGUAGGUGGAGAAACUUCCUUGGCUGAAAUGAUCGCAACCCUCUCAGAUGCUUGUGAGAGAGAGUUUGGCUUUUUGGCAACCAGGCUUUUUCGAGUAUUCAAGACUGAAGAUACUCAGGGUAAAAAGAAGUGGAAAAACUGCUGUCUGCCAUCAUUUGUCAUCUUCCUUUUCUUUGGCUGCAUUAUUGCUGGAAUUACUCUUCUGGCUCUAUUCCGAGUUGACCCAAAACAUCUGACAGUAAAUGCUGUCCUCAUCUCAGUUGCGUCUAUGGUGGGGUUGGCCUUUGUGCUGAACUUUCGUACAUGGUGGCAAGUGUUGGACUCUCUCUUGAAUUCUCAAAGAAAACGCCUCCAUCACGCUGCUUCCAAAUUGCAAUUGAAAAGUGAAGGAUUCAUGAAAGUUCUGAAGUGUGAAGUGGAGUUGAUGGCCAGGAUGGCAAAAGCCAUCGACAGCUUCACUCAGAAUCAGACAAGACUGGUGGUCAUCAUUGACGGCUUAGAUGCCUGCGAGCAGGACAAAGUCCUUCAGAUGCUGGACACUGUCCGAAUUCUGUUUUCAAAAGGCCCAUUUAUUGCCAUUUUUGCAAGUGAUCCACAUAUUAUCAUAAAGGCCAUUAACCAGAACCUCAAUAGCGUGCUUCGCGAUUCAAACAUAAACGGACAUGACUACAUGCGCAACAUAGUUCACUUGCCCGUUUUCCUCAAUAGUCGUGGGCUCAGCAACGCAAGGAAAUUUCUUGUGACUUCAGCAGCAAACGGGGACCUGUCAUGCUCAGAUGCUGCAGGGAUACAGGAAGAUGCUGAUAGGAGAGUUUCACAGAACAGUCUUGGGGAGUUGACAAAACUAGGUAGCAAAACAGCCCUCAACAGACGGGACACAUACCGCAGAAGGCAGAUACAGAGGACCAUCACGCGGCAGAUGUCUUUUGAUCUCACAAAGUUGCUGGUUACCGAGGACUGGUUCAGUGACAUCAGUCCUCAGACCAUGAGAAGAUUACUCAAUAUUGUUUCUGUCACAGGGCGAUUACUGAGAGCCAAUCAGAUCAGUUUCAACUGGGACAGGCUUGCUAGCUGGAUCAACCUCACUGAGCAGUGGCCGUACCGGACUUCAUGGCUCAUCUUAUAUUUGGAAGAGACCGAAGGUGUCCCCGACCAAAUGACAUUAAAAACCAUCUAUGAAAGAAUAUCAAAGAAUAUUCCAACAACUAAAGAUGUUGAGCCACUGCUUGAAAUUGAUGGAGAUAAAAGAAAUUUUGAAGUGUUUCUUUCUUCAAGGACCCCAGUUCUUGUGGCUCGAGAUGUGAAGACGUUUCUGCCGUGCACUGUAAACCUAGAUCCCAAACUACGGGAGAUUAUUGCAGAUGUCCGCGCUGCAAGAGAGCAGAUCAACAUAGGAGGCCUUGCGUAUCCCCCACUCCCUCUGCAUGCAGCUGCUCCUCGGGCCCCAGCAGGGUGCAGUCAGCCCCCUUCUGUCUGCUCUUCCUCCACGUCCUUCAGCGGGCCAUUCACAGGGGCGCUGGUGUCACCGCAGCAGCCUCACAGCAGCUAUUACAGCGGCAUGACGGGCCCUCAGCAUCCCUUCUACAACAGGCCAUUCUUUGCCCCAUACCUUUACACGCCAAGGUAUUACCCUGGCAGUUCCCAACAUCUCAUCUCACGUUCAUCAAUAAAACCGAGUUUGCCCAGAGAUCAGAACAAUGGCCUAGAAGUUAUCAAGGAGGAGGAUGCUGAGGGGCUUCCUUCACCCACAGACUCCUGCAGGGUAAUGGAGUCAUCUCGUAGUGUGCAGCGCUGGCUUCUCCCUGCUUCUGCAGCAGUAACGACCGUCUUAAUUGCCAUGGCAGUUCACUAACUCUGCACUUGGGGAUGAGCAGCUAGCGUUGAGUAAGCAGGUAUUAAUCACUUCAGCUCACGAGUGUGUACUACACCUUUACUUCCUCCUGUUUUCCCCUUUCCAGUGGCAUGGGAUGGGGUCUCUUAUUCUGUCGUAAGGAAGGUCUGUCUGCACUAGUCUUUGGGAGUACUCAGUUGAUAUUUGUUCCUUAGUGCU